AUAGUUUAAUUUAUUCAUUUUUUCUCUCUUUCCCCUACGAUAGAUUAGAGAGAGAAAAGUAGAGAGAGGAAAAAAAACUUCAUGUCUGAGUCGUGGCUUUGUGUGUAUAUAUCUAUAGAUAUAUAUUUACAGAGAGAAAUCUAGACUCAUCUGUAUCUCCAUCUUAUAGAUCUCAAGAAAUCUGCUACACUAUUUGAUUUUUGGAAUUAUUCCCCUGAUUGAAACAAGGGCUGGGUUCAAAUGUCGUCUCUUAGUAGAGAGCUGGUGUUCCUGAUCUUACAGUUCUUGGAUGAGGAGAAAUUUAAAGAGACCGUUCACAAGCUUGAGCAAGAAUCUGGGUUCUUCUUUAACAUGAAGUAUUUUGAGGAUGAAGUUCACAAUGGCAACUGGGAUGAAGUGGAGAGGUACCUCUCCGGUUUCACUAAAGUGGACGACAAUCGCUACUCGAUGAAGAUCUUUUUCGAAAUCAGGAAACAGAAGUAUCUUGAGGCAUUGGAUAAGCAUGAUCGCUCGAAAGCCGUUGAGAUCCUCGUGAAGGAUCUUAAAGUGUUUGCCUCCUUUAACGAGGAGCUUUUCAAGGAGAUAACUCAGCUGCUGACAUUAGAGAAUUUCAGGGAGAAUGAGCAGCUGUCAAAGUAUGGAGACACAAAAUCCGCAAGAGCUAUCAUGCUCGUCGAGCUUAAGAAGCUAAUCGAGGCUAAUCCCCUGUUUCGCGAUAAAUUACAGUUCCCGAACCUUAAGAACUCAAGACUGCGCACUCUCAUCAACCAAAGCUUAAACUGGCAGCACCAACUUUGUAAAACUCCAAGGCCAAACCCGGAUAUCAAAACCCUAUUCGUGGAUCACUCAUGUGGGCAGCAAAAUGGAGCACGUGCUCCCUCACCAGCCAAUAAUCCCUUGCUUGGUGGGGCUGUGCCGAAACCCGGUGGCUUUCCUCCUCUCGGUGCACAUGUGCCAUUCCAGCCUGCUCCGGCACCUGUCCCGACUCCUCUUGCCGGUUGGAUGUCUAAUCCACCCACCGGAAGUCAUCCGGCGGUUUCUGGUGGGCCCAUUGGUCUUGGUGCUCCACCGAUUCCAGCUGCACUUAAGCACCCAAGGACACCACCAACAAAUCCCGUUGAAUUUCCAUCUGCUGACUCUGAGCAUCCGAGCAAAAGAACCAGACAGUUGGGAAUUUCUGAUGAGGUAAAUCUUCCAGUGAAUGUUCUUCCGGUUUCUUUCCCAGGGCACCAUAGCCAGCCUUCCUUCAGUGCACCAGAUGACUUGCCCAAGACAGUUGCUCGCACUUUGAACCAAGGCUCAUCUCCUAUGAGCAUGGAUUUUCACCCGAUCCAACAAACUUUGCUUCUUGUUGGCACCAAUGUGGGAGAUAUUGGGUUGUGGGAAGUUGGUUCGAGAGAGAGGCUCGUGCUGAGAAAUUUCAAAGUCUGGGAUGUGAGUGCGUGCACGUUGCCUCUACAGGCCAGCCUGGCAAAAGAUCCUGGUGUCUCGGUCAAUCGUGUGAUUUGGAGCCCAGAUGGGUCUUUAUUUGGGGUUGCGUAUUCAAGGCACCUUGUACAGAUAUAUUCCUAUCAUGGAAAUGACGAUAUUCGCCAGCACUUGGAGAUCGAUGCUCAUGUUGGCGGAGUAAAUGAUCUUGCUUUUUCCCAUCCUAACAAGCAGCUUUCCGUGAUUACUUGUGGAGAUGACAAGCUUAUCAAGGUUUGGGAUGCUGCAACUGGCACCAAGCAGUACACUUUUGAAGGUCACGAGGCCCCCGUAUAUUCAGUCUGCCCCCACCACAAGGAGAAUAUUCAGUUCAUAUUUUCCACAGCAUUAGAUGGAAAGAUCAAAGCUUGGCUAUAUGACAAUUUGGGGUCGCGAGUCGACUAUGAUGCCCCCGGCCGCUGGUGCACGACCAUGGCCUACAGUGCUGAUGGAUCAAGGCUUUUCUCAUGUGGGACCAGUAAAGAUGGAGAGUCCCACAUCGUGGAGUGGAAUGAAAGCGAAGGGGCCGUGAAGAGGGCUUACCAAGGCUUCCGGAAGCGCUCUCUGGGGGUCGUUCAGUUUGACACGACUAAGAAUAAGUUCUUGGCUGCUGGUGAUGACUUCUCCAUCAAAUUCUGGGAUAUGGACAAUACCCAGCUUCUGACGUGCAGUGAAGCUGAUGGAGGCCUUCCUGCGAGUCCACGGAUUCGCUUCAACAGAGACGGGACCCUGUUGGCUGUUUCCACCAAUGAAAAUGGUAUCAAGAUUUUGGCCAAUGGUGAUGGUCUACGCUUGCUAAGGACAUUUGAAAAUCUUGCUUUUGAUGCUUCGAGAGCGUCUGAGGCUGCAAAGCCUACUGUAAAUCCAUUAUCUGUCACGGCACCAAGUAGUUCAGGACUGGAAAGGGUGGGCUCGGUUGUUGGAAUGUCAGCUAUGAAUGGGGACACAAGAAAUCUUGGAGAUGUGAAACCUAGAAUAACAGAGGAAACUAAUGACAAAUCAAAGAUAUGGAAGUUGAGUGAGAUUAACGAGCCCUCUCAGUGCCGGUCCUUGAAGCUCCCGGAAAAUUUAAGAGUUACAAAGAUAUCAAGAUUGAUAUAUACGAAUUCGGGCAAUGCAAUACUGGCGUUAGCUUCGAAUGCAAUCCAUUUGCUGUGGAAAUGGCAGCGAAGUGACCGUAAUUCAAGCGGCAAGGCAACUGCGAAUGUAUCUCCUCAAUUAUGGCAACCGUCGAGCGGGAUUUUGAUGACCAAUGACGUUGCAGAGACGAAUCCCGAGGAAGCUGUUUCUUGCUUUGCUCUGUCCAAGAAUGACUCCUACGUGAUGUCAGCAUCCGGGGGAAAGAUAUCUUUGUUUAACAUGAUGACUUUCAAGACAAUGACGACUUUCAUGCCUCCACCACCAGCAGCAACCUUCUUAGCAUUCCAUCCUCAGGAUAAUAAUAUAAUCGCAAUUGGGAUGGACGAUUCAACAAUUCAGAUAUAUAAUGUCCGAGUAGACGAGGUGAAAAGCAAGCUUAAAGGACACUCAAAGAGAAUUACAGGCCUUGCUUUCUCCCAUGUAUUGAAUGUGCUUGUUUCAUCAGGAGCUGAUGCUCAGCUUUGCGUGUGGAGUUCCGAUGGAUGGGAAAAACAAAGAUCAAGAUUCUUGCAGCUACCUUCCGGAAGGUCACCUGGAGUACAAUCCGAAACACGCGUGCAGUUUCAUCAGGACCAAAUUCACUUUCUGGCCGUGCACGAGACUCAACUCGCCAUAUACGAGACCACCAAGCUAGAAUGUGUCAAGCAGUGGGCCCCACGAGAAAAUUCUGCCCCUAUAUCGCACGCGACUUUCUCGUGCGAUAGCCAGCUCGUGUACGCCAGUUUUCUUGAUGCGACAGUUUGCGUAUUCACUGCUUCACACCUGAGAUUGAGAUGCCGAAUCAAUCCUUCUGCUUAUCUUAAUCCUAGCAUCAGUUCAAAUGUGCACCCGCUCGUGAUUGCUGCACAUCCUCAAGAACCGAACCAAUUUGCGUUAGGACUUUCGGAUGGUUCGGUUCAUGUUUUUGAACCCCUUGAAACCGAAGGCAAGUGGGGUGUGCCACCGCCUAUUGAAAAUGGGUCAUCGAGCAGUGUGCCCACGACACCUUUAGGCGGAAGUGGGCCCGUCUCAGAACAGGCCCAGAGGUGAGCGGAUGGGCGGGGUUGGGUUUCGGGGGUAUUAUGGUAAUUUUUGGUUAUAUGAAUUGACGUUUUGGGUUUAGAGUUUGUGAAUUUGUUUGGAGAAACUUUUGUAGCUGGCCAUGUUGGAAAUACUUGUACAUUAUUUGUUAUUACAUUUGUGGCGU